UUUUUCAGAAGUUGGAAUGCCAGAAGUUAUUUCUUUGGGUAGCGAUUCGAGUAGUGAUGAUGAUUUUUACGACAAUUUUGACAAAAUAAAAUUAAAGGCCGCUCAUUGUCAGAAAAAACGUCGACACCCAAUUACAGCUUCCACAAAUAAAUUUACAAGAAAAAAUGCCCCUUCUGAUUCCAUCAUUUCAUGCGAAGAAAUUGUAUGUGUCGAUGACUUUGACUCUUCAGCAAAUUUUUGUACUAACAAUUCUAUUUCUUCAGUUAUUGAAUUAAAUUCUCCUUCUUGUUCAAAUUCCAUUGAAGUUAUCGAUCUUACACCUUUUGGAUCUUCUUCGACAAAUAAUUGUUCAAACAAAAAUUAUAAGGCUCAAAAAUCUAAAAAUAUAAUUUCUUCACCUAAAAGUACCUGUACAAUUACUAUUCAUUCUAAUGGUGGCAAACGAAUGUUUAUUCAAGACUUGGAUGAUCCAAUUAAAAAUUUAAUUGAAGACUAUGCUGAACGUGUAAAUGGUGAUCCAAAACGAAUUGUGUUAAUUACAAAACAAUUAAAACAAUGUGCUUUAGAGGACACUCCACGGACUUUGGGAAUUACUUCGGAUGAAAGUUUUGAAUUAGAUGCUUUUGAACAUAAAGACGUUGUUCCUUUAAAUUUAAUGGAAGAUGUAAAAACUAUUCGAAUUAAAUAUCAACAAAAAGGGAAAAGGCCGAUUGCUGCAAAAAUUUUGAAGACUGCCAAAUUUGCCCGACUUAAAGAAAUAUUUUGUCAAGAGAAUGGUAUUCCCUUGGAUAAAGUUCAAUUUAUAUUUGAUUCUGUUAGAGUUGGUGACAAUGAAACGGCAGAAACUCUUGAUUUGGAAGAUGAUGAUUGUAUUGAUGUUUAUGUUUUGGAAUGAUUAAAUUUAAAUAAAAAAGAGAAAAGAAUUUUGGUUUGAAAGAGUUUUUGUGA